GAUCCCGCCGUCACCGCCCAUAGAAAGACAAUGUUUCAGAUUACCUGAAUGCCUCGCGAAGUGUGUACUAACAGGCGAGGCACCCCGACCAAUGCGCCAAUACACCUUACGUAUCGAACGCGGGAUAUCACGCGCUGACUCCCUGGCUGUCUCCACCUUGAGCUAACAUGGGGUCCAUGUCGUUGUACAAAAAGCGCGGCUCAGGAAAUCGCCGUUCGCAUGCCAAACGAAUUUCUCCCCAAAUUACCGUUAUCGCCAGUUGCAGCCAAAAUCCCAUGACAAGCGACCCGUUAUCAUAUGUCGGCGAGCUGACGACAGCGCAAGUCGUCGCCGGGGUUGUUCUCGUAUGGCUGCUCGUCCGCCACUUGAGCGCGAAGAACCUCCGCCAUAUCCCGACCGAAGGCGGACCCUCUUUGCCAAUUCUAUCUUUCAUCGGGCUUUACAACUUCCUCACCCAUGGAAGAGAGAUCAUGCAGCGGGGUUAUCAGAGGCACAGGGGCAGGACUUUCAAAGUUGCUAUGGUGGAUCGCUGGCUUGUUGUGCUCUCCGGUAAGAAGUUGGUCGACGAGCUGCAGAAGAUGCCAGAUGACACAGUGUCAUCUGCUACAACGGAGGUUUUCGAGAUGCAUCAUGUGUUCGACUCUUACUGGCACAGAGACCCUGUUCAUAUACCGAUACUGCGAAAUCUCACGCGAAAUCUCGCAUUGGUAUUCGAAGACAUGUUUGACGAGCUCAGCAUGGCCUUCCGAGAGCAUAUUCCCGCGAACAGCGAUCGUUGGCUGCCAGUCCACGCUUCUCCUGUCAUGAGCACAAUCAUUACACGUGCUGCAAACCGCGUAUUUGUCGGCAUGCCCACUUGUCGAGACAGUGGCUAUGUACACAUGAUGGUGCACUUCGAAGAGGACGUAAGCAAAGCCGUGAGGCUUCUCGCAAUAUUCCCUGGUUUUAUGAAGCGCAUCGCCGGUAGGAAAGCCACGGUCAUCGACAGACGUGUUCAACAGUGCCUCGACUACCUGCGGCCAGCUAUCGACGACCGGAUGGCUAUGAUGACCAGGUUUGGGAAGGACUGGGCAGACAAACCGAAUGAUCUAUUGCAGUGGAUUAUUGAUGAAGUUGUAGCUCGCAAUCAAGGGCCAGAAGAGGUCGCGCGCAUAGUAUUGUUUAUCAACUUCGGGGCCAUUGGGACGACCUCAUCCGCCAUACUCCAAGCCUUGUACGACGUCUCUAUGCGUCCCGAGCUCGCUAACACUCUCCGGGAAGAGGUUGAAGUGGCUGUGGCCGAAGAAGGUUGGACGAAAGCCGCGACGAACAAGAUGCGCAAGCUCGACAGCUUCUUGCGCGAGUGCGAGCGGCACAACGGCCCGACCACUGUGUCGAUGUUCCGCAACAUCCUGCAGCCGGUGACGCUCUCGGAUGGGACAUUCCUUCCCAAGGGUGCGACGGUCGUCACACCGACAUUCGCGACUCACUUCGACGAGGAGAACUAUCCGAACGCGACCCUUUUCGACCCGCUUCGGUCUUACAAGAGCGACAAGUCCGUGCAGCCGCAGCUGAUUACCACCUCCGCAGACUACGUAACAUUCGGGCAUGGCAAGCACGCGUGCCCUGGUCGGUUCUUCGCCUCCAACGAGCUCAAAGCCAUGUUAGCGUAUAUCGUCGUAAACUAUGACCUCAAACCAGAGUAUGAGGGUGUCCGUCCCGAGAACUUGCAGAGGGGACUGACCAAUGACCCGAACGAUACCGCACGAGUGCUGUUCAGGAGACAGGUUGACUAGAAGGUGCGGGAGGGAACCGUGAAACGCGCGAAGUUACCACUUUGGGACGGCUCUAGAAAGUUUCAAUUUUCUCAUCAUGAUACUCAUCAUGGCCUGGACAUUUCAGACAGGGAAUCGCCACGGAGAGGGUUAGUUUCAAUCUUAUCGCAUACGUCAGUCUGCUAUGCCGCUCUGCUUUGCUGAACAUGAUGUCCUGCCCGAUAGGCUAUCCAG